AAAACUUGUUUGUUGUGGAAAGAACUCUGUUAUGACAUUAACUUGACACAUUCUUUUUAUAUUUUCUCUCCUCUGUUUUCGGACGACACGUGCGAAAAUUGUUAGGAUUAGGACAUAAUACGGCUGUUUGUUAGCGAAAUUCCGCAAAAUGGGCAAAAGUAAGAAGAAAUUCAUCGACAAGAAGAACGCUGUCACCUUCCACCUAGUCCAUAGAAGCCAACACGAUCCGCUGAUCACUGAUGAGAACGCACCUCAACAUGUUCUCGUCGAAGCAGCGAAGCCAACUGACCCUCAAAAGCGCAAGGAGGAGCAGGAGAAAUAUGGAAUCCUCUUCGACGACGACUACGAUUACCUACAGCACUUGAAGAAAGUUGGCGGAGACACUGUUUGGGAAUAUGUCGAGACUCCGAACCAGAAGAAGGAAAAGAAGAAGCAAGUGUCCAUCCAGCUGCCCAGCUCUGUGUUCGCGUCCGAGUUUGAGGAGGAGGAGGGCAUGCUGAAUAAGGCAGCUCCGCGUCCUGGUCCACGGCCGGACUGGGACCCGGAUGUCGUUGCGGCGCUCGAUGAAGACUUCGAUUUUGAAGACCCAGAAAAUCAGUUGGAGGAUGACUUCGUUGUGCAAGCAAUGGGUGGAGAAGAUGAGGAUGAUGAGUUCGAUGAAGAUGAGGAGUACGAGGACGAGGAAGACGAAGAAGAAGUUGACUUCGAUUCGGAUAACUUAGGAGACAGUGAUGUCAGCGACGCAGAACUGGAGGAUAAAUUGGGACCAUUGAUGAAGGAGCGCCGUUUUAGCGAUGAGGAGACGAAAUCACGCUUUACAGAGUAUUCCAUGUCCAGCAGCGUCAUCCGCCGCAACGAACAACUGAACCUUCUGGACGAGCGUUUCGAAAAGUUCUACGCGACCUACGACGACACGGAAAUUGGCGGUUUAGAUCUGGAGGAAAUCGACGGACACAUGGACACAUCGCACUCUGUACUCAUGAAGUGCUGGAAAGAAUUCAAAAAAGGAAAGAAACCUCUAAAGUACGACAAAGCAUGGGAUAAAGAACGAAUUAAGCAACUUCAGGAGCACGACUCCUCGGAAGAAGAAGUUGAAAUGGAAGUAGAAGACGAAAAAGAAAAGAAAGUAGACUGUGAAAGCAUUUUAUCCACAUAUUCAAAUAUUUACAACCACCCAAAGCUCAUCGAAGAGCCGCGCCGCAGUCGCAAAAUAAAAAUCGACCCGAAAACAGGCAUUCCAAUGGAUGUCUUGCGCGGUGCCGAUAGCGACAAAUUGACCACUAAAUCGCUGGCGAAGUUCGAUAAUGAGAACUUGCCCACAUCAGGCGCCAGUGGACCGAAAUCUCUUUGCGAGAAAUCUGUUCUGUCCACCUUGAGUGUGCUGUCAAUUCGUCCAAAAGACGAAACGCCAGAGGAGAAACACGAGCGAAAACGUUUACUCAAGGAAUAUCGCGCCGAGAGAAGAAUGGAAAAGAAGGCGAACGCCCUGGCUUUCAAGGAUGAAAAGAAGCGGCAGCAACAGAUUAAAAUAAACAAUCAGAACAAUAUUCAAGGAAACAGGAUAUUGUAAAUGCUGUGAGAUAGCUUGAGCUUGUUGUAUGUAUGUAGGAUAAGGUCUACUUUGUUUUAAUAAAAUUAUGUCCUAAUUUUUAUAUGA